AGGGGAACUCAAAAGGGCUACAAUAUCUGCAACUCCACCACUGAAAACCAGCACUCCCUUUGUCAAACGUCCAUAUUUAACACUCUCGACGAUUUCUGCUUAUGGGCACCCGCUGAGCCCAACUCUGUUGUCGGCAACAUUGAAGGCGAGAUGAUUGCUUGGUGCACGAAACCUGGCCAUGGAACUCGCCUCAUUCCUGGUGGCGCCCUCACUGGCCUGCAGUAUAUGAAAACACCAGAUUACAUUCAGAUCGUAGGCUUCCUUGAUCAGACGAAGGUUGACAUUCAAGCAGGCGAUUAUGGUGGUGAAAUGGAUCCCCAUGGAGCUGAUCUCCGCGGCAAUCCCAUGGGCGGCAUUGUCUAUUCCAACGCUUGGACGGGAUCAUACCUUCAGGUGAUGGAAUGGCACAACUUCAUCGGCAGCGACGCCUUCUGUUUCAAAGCCUGUGAUCCCCGCGGCCCAAACGCAGCCCAUUUCUGCGAACACAUCUUCGACCGCAUUGGAUGCGCCUACAAUGCCCCCAACAACGCGAAACCCGGUGUCUUUGAAUCGUGCGAGGGCGACAAUCAAGAUUUUCCCGGUAUCUACACU